CACGGUCUUCCGGUGACUUUUAUUUUGAAGGUUAAUCUGUUGCGUCGCCUUCCGUAAGGCAGCAGACCUGUAGUUGGAGAUGCGGGGCAUCAGUCUUCUUCAGGUUGACUAUUUAGUUUCUCUUCGACUUCAGGCACUUUAAAACUACGCGGCCUAUAUGUUAAGAAUGUAGCAGCCAUCUGAGGCAAAGCGUACAAGGGCAGCAGCAGAUGUGAUAAGCUAACCUGGCCGAAAAGGUGUGAGAUUCGGAGUAAUGCCUUUCGGAAUACCGGGAGUCCAGGAAGUUCGUCUCGAAACCCCAAAAUUGAACAGUAGCUGGGAAUAAGCUUAGCUGGGUGUCAUACUGACUUACUGAAAACAACCUGGAGUGUUAUAAACAUAGCAAAAUGCUAUGUUUAUAACUGAUGGCUUUGUAUAGGAGAGAUUCUGCUUCUCAAGGGCAGAUUUAGCGAUGUACGGAGGCCAAGUCGCCUCUUGAAUUGCUGAACGGGUCCAACACGUCCGGGUGUGUCUGGCCCGGGAACGUUCUUUUUGCCUUGGCUUGAAUCUUGGACUAUUGGCAUUAGAGAAACUGCAGAGGACGAUUAUCUCUCCAAUUCGUUUUGGUUAAACUUUUAAUAAGUAAUGUCUUCUAUAGUGGGAAGAGUGUGGGGGUGGGUGCGCUUCUGGGGCAGUUGUACCUCACAAAAUACCCCAACGUUGUGUCAAAAGCAGCAUGCUAAAGGUAACUGGGGAUCUUGGAUGUGGGGAGGGUGGAGAAAAGGAAGUGACCAGAGUGCUCUAGGAGAGGAGUACUGGGAGGCACAGGAGAAAUUGCAACCCAUGGAAAUAGAAGAUCUUGGCUCAGGAAAACCAGAGACGGAGCUACAGGUGUCCAGGUGGUGGAGCAAAUAUCUCCCCACAUCAUAUCUGUGGUCAAGAAAAGUUGCUAAAAGCAGCCUGAGACAAAGGAAAGGUGACAGUCGAAGGGGAGAUCAAGGUGAUGUUGACGGGGACUUUUCUGAUUAUGGAACUCCUCCCCCAUCUCCCACUCCUUCUCAGCUGACCUCUCCAUUCAGAUUUUUCACAGAUAGCUGGAAUUUGGAGAUUAUACCAGAACACUAUGAGAUUUGCUUCAACUUCCUUCGGCAUUUGUUUGACCUAUUUGUAGUUGCCUUCCUGUGGACUGUGUCCCCUCCUGCCAAACUGAUCCUGGAGGUGUUUGGUGUCCAGGGAGCUCUGAGGCUGUGGUUUCAUGGCAUGGCCAUGUUUUUUGUCUCAACAGCUGGAAUGGCAGGAUUGCUGUGGUUGAUUCAGGAGUAUCUCCCUCAGUUUGCUUUGAUCUAUGGCAUCAUACAAGCAUUGGUGAUCUCUGUCAGUGUACGACAAAGUGUAAUUCUUGGAGUGGAAGAAGACAAAGAAAAUAUCCAGGAGGUGAAAGAGACUGGUGAAAAGAAAGACACAACAGACAAUGGAGAUAAGCUUUUUUCUAAGGAUCUGCUGAAGACGAGCUUAGCCUAAGGUGAUGCAGGAGUUCAGCUGCUUCAGCCUUUCUCCAAAUGUUUGACUCCACAGACACUGACAGAUUGUCUAUAGCACUAAAUUCAUUAGUUAUAAUCAUAGUUCACUUUGAUUUAGUUUGGAGAAGUUGUUUCUCUUUGUUUUGCCUUAAAUAGAGUCUGUAUUCUGCAAACAUCUACUCAUCACCAUGAAUGUUUAUUAUACAACAGUAAAUGCUGAGAAUGCUGUAUGUCAAAUACCAGGACUUGGUGCCUGUACUGAUAUUUACAUUUCAUUUGUUGUCUUUUACUUUUCUCAUUGUAUACAGUGGCUCUCAAAAGUCUACUUCCUCUGAUGAAAAUACCCAUUAUUGUGAUGUGAAAAAUAUGAUCAUGGUAAAUCAUUUAAAUAUUGUAACAUAAAAUGUUCUGCACAGUUCAAAUGGACAAUAGGAAAAGUAGAAAAGGUGCAAUAGUUGCACAUUGAGUUGCAGAAGUGUUUUUGUUCCAUCUUUUUCUUCGCACCAUUAAAUCCUUUGUCCCUCUGCAAAUUACGGCUUAAGCUAAAGGUGGAGAAUGUUUGAAAUGAUUCCUCAUCGUCUCUACAUCACUAAACCCUGCUGAUGUAACAGGUUUGUAGACUUUUAAGAGCCACUGUGAUGAACCAGCUGUAAGAUUUUAAAUUGAAACAAAUUAACAGGAAAAGUUCAUACGACGCACAACAUACACUCCAAAUUAAAAUCAUCACCUUACCUCUUAUUAGUCUGACUUUCCCUCCCAAGUGACAUGCAAUUAAGACAUUUUAGUGUUGCUAAGCAGAGGAUUUACUGAAGGUGAAUUUGAGAAGUACUAACUGCAUAUUUAGUCUCACUACAAGUUGUACUGAAAAAUAUAAUGGUGCAUCUAAUGUAUGUAACUUUCAUGAAAAAUGUAUAUUUGUUGAAACUGUCAUGACAUGGUGACAGUAUGUAUGAGACGGACAAUCUGAAAAUAUCGAGCUCCUCUGGCUUCUCCAGUGUUUCCAACACCACCAGAGCCUGGAGGAGAGUCUCUGCUGUCAAUCACUCAUGUACAUGCAAUACUCUCAGCUACAUCUUCUACUCAAGAGCACAGCCUGUCAUGAAUGCCAAGGCUUGUUAGCAUGGCCACCAAUGACAGCAGAUAAACAGUUUUUCUUUAAUGCUAAGUUGUUUCUCCACCAUUUGCACAUUGAGUUGCACAUACAUAAGCAUGGUUGACAGUGCUGAGAGACUCCUCUCUGUUUUGUAAUGAAAGCAGUGCAUUUCUUCAGAUGCCAGUAGCAGAACAGGAUCAGUUCUUUCACAGGUUAUCUGUCUCGUACUGUCGCAACAUGUACAACUUUUUUUUUUUUUCCAUUUUAACAAAACUUUUUUUUUUUUAAAUGAAAGUUACAUACUGCAGCUUUACACGUCUGUUUAACAGAAGAGGAACAAUCCAGUUAGUCUUGAACAUCUUAUUUUGUCCUAUUAUUGGAACUUUAACACUUCAAUCUAGAUUUAUUUCUUGUGAUGUAUUUUGUUGGACUGUGGUUUCAUGUUAAGGUACUUUUGCUGUUGUGAAUAUCAGACUUUAAUUCAGGAAUUGAAAACCUGUGAGGCUUUUGGAGCAUCCAGUACACACAUUCUAAACCAUACUAUUCAUAUGACCUAAAUAUGUCUUUUACUUUCAAUUGAUUACAUAUUUGGAUUAUAAUAACAAUGUAGAUUAUGUGGGAAUAAGUGAUUGGUUCAUUGCUUUCCAAGCUACAGAGAAACUGGCUUUACCUGAAAUAAAUUCUGCUUUCUCAACAUUAUAAAGGGUGCCUUGAACUUCAUUUUUGAAUAUAUUAAAGUAUUGGUUCUUCAAUGUUUCAUUUUCACAUGUUCUUUCAAAACAGGCUUUUAUUGUUCAAUGUAAAUGCAAUUGUCUUUUUCAGAAUUAUUUAACUAACAAACAGCACACUAAAGUAUUGCUUCUUCAUGUUGACUCAAAGGCACCAAAAUGGAAAUUAAUAAAAUAAUCUGAUUUUAUUGCAUGAUUCCACUCUUAGCACUUUAACUUUUUUUUGCCUGAAGAUAUGGAAUUAUUUGGAACUAUGUUGAUGUUUGCAAGACAUUGAAGCCUGUCCAGUGAAAGUUACUUAUAUGUCAUUGUUUUCAGGGCCAAUAAUACACAAUAAAGUUGGUAAUAAAAACUAGUGUUCAAUAUUUUCCUGAGCACAAAAGUAAUUGGAUUAAAUUAUUGUAAUGUAUGGUUGCAAACUAUUAGCUAUACACUGUACCUUGAAUUUCUGUUGGACUUGUUUUUAUCUAAAAAAAGGCUUGCUUAUAGAAAGUGUAUUUUUCAUGUUCUAUAAAUAUUCCAAAGGUGAAUGUAAGUGUUUCUGUGUAAAACUGGAAGGCAAAUUUAAAGUAAAUCUUUAAAUUUGUCUCACAAGAUAAGCCUAUUGUAGCCUUUUCUCCACCUAAAUUUCUCCCAACUGUUUCAGUACAUUUAGGACAGACGACAUCCAAGGGUCUAUCGAUUCUAACCUUUUGUUUUGUUUGCUUGUGGUUGUGGAACUUUAUUACAGCACCAACGCACCUUGCAGGUGUGGAUCACUAUAGGAGGACCUCACUACAGGCUGCACUGUGAAGUUACCUGAUGGACCUUAGAGAAGUACAAUAUGUGCUUAAUGCUGUUCUGUAAUAUCUGCAUAUGAAAGAUGUGAAUACUUUGUAAUUAAAGUCAAUCUUUCUUUAGAUUUA